GCCGGCGAGAGGGGGCGGGGUCGCGCCUCCUCCGCGGCUCUGGUUCCAGUGGAGCUUCACCGACGCAGAGAUGGAAAUCCCGAGGCUGCUCCCGGCUCGCGGGAUACGACAAAGCGGCGGGGCUCGCAGCCCCGAGGGCGGCGGCCGGCUCCGCGGAGGUCCUGACCUGCGGGCCGGUCAGGCUCCGGCGCGCCGCCUCCUGCUGCUCCGGGGCCCCCAAGAUGGCGGGCCCGGGCGGCGGCGUGAGGAGGCCAGCACGGCUUCUUCGUGCCCAGGCCCGGGCCUGAGCCCGUUGGCGCUGAGGCCUGAUCACGCUAGCGGCUGUGGCAGCGGCGGCGGGAGCGGCGGCGAUGACUUCUUCCUGGUGCUGCUGGACCCGGUGGGUGGAGACGUAGAUACCGCGGGCGCUGGCCAGGCCACAGGGCCCGUGUGGAGGGAGGAGGCCGGGCUGGGCCCAAGGCUCCCGGGGGGCGAAAGCGGCGCGAACCCUGAGGGCCGCCCUGCGCUGGGCCCCAGCUGCCUUUCGGCUAUCCCCGCCCCAGUCCCGGCCUUGGCCCCGAUCCCCGCUCCAGGCCUGGGCCCUGCCACGGCCUUCGCAGGCACUGUCACCAUUCACAACCAAAACCUGCUGUUGAGCUUGGAGAACGGCGUCCUCACUCUAGCCACGCCCCCACCGCCCGCCUGGGCGCCUGGGGUAGCCCCUGCCCCGCAGCCCAGGGGUCUGAUCGCCCCACAAGCUGGGAUCCCUCAUGCCGCGCAGCCUGGAGACUGUCCCGAGCUGCCGCCUGACCUCCUGCUGGCAGAGCGGGCAGAACCUGCGCCUGCCCCAGCGCCCAAGGAGGAGGCAGAGGGCCCCGCGGCCGUUGAGAGCCCCCGCGGGCCGCCAGGCCCGGGCCAGGGCAUGUUGCUGUACCUGUGUCCUGAGAUGCAGUGCGGACAAACCUUCGCCAAGAAGCACCAGCUGAAGGUGCACCUGCUGACACACAGCAGCAGCCAGGGCCAGCGGCCCUUCAAGUGCCCCCUGGGUGGUUGCGGGUGGACCUUCACCACCUCCUACAAGCUCAAGAGGCAUCUGCAGUCACACGACAAACUGAGGCCCUUUGGCUGCCCAGCAGAGGGCUGUGGCAAGAGCUUCACCACCGUGUAUAACCUCAAAGCACACAUGAAGGGCCACGAGCAGGAGAACUCAUUCAAAUGUGAGGUGUGUGAGGAGACCUUCCCCACGCAGGCCAAACUCAGUGCCCACCAGCGCAGUCACUUCGAGCCUGAGAGGCCCUACAAGUGUGCGUUUUCCGGCUGCAAGAAGACAUUUAUCACAGUGAGUGCCCUGUUUUCCCAUAACCGCGCCCACUUCAGGGAACAGGAACUCUUUUCCUGUUCCUUUCCUGGCUGCAGUAAACAGUAUGACAAGGCUUGUAGGCUGAAAAUUCACCUUCGGAGCCACACUGGUGAGAGACCAUUCCUUUGUGACUUUGAGGGCUGUGGCUGGAACUUCACUAGCAUGUCCAAACUCCUAAGGCACAAACGGAAGCACGACGACGACCGGAGGUUCAUGUGCCCGGUGGAAGGGUGUGGGAAAUCUUUCACAAGGGCCGAACAUCUGAAAGGCCACAGCAUAACCCACCUGGGCACGAAGCCUUUUGUGUGCCCAGUGGAAGGUUGCUGUGCCAGGUUCUCUGCUCGCAGUAGUCUCUACAUUCACUCCAAGAAACACUUGCAGGAUGUGGACACUUGGAAAAGCCGAUGCCCAGUGGCCACUUGUAAUAAACUCUUCACAUCCAAGCACAGCAUGAAGACCCACAUGGCCAAAAGGCACAACCUGCGCCAGGAUCUCUUAGCUCAGCUGGAAGCUGCAAAUUCUCUUACACCCAGCAGUGAACUUACCAGUCAGGGGCAGAGUGACCUCAGUGAUGCUGAGCUUGUGUCUCUCUUGUCUGAUGUGCCUGGUAAUAGUUCUGCUGCAGUACUGGACACGGCAUUGGUGAACUCUGGCAUCUUGACUAUUGAUGUGGCUUCUGUGAACUCCACUCUGGCAGGAAACCUCCCUGCUAAUAAUAAUAAUUCCUUAGGGCAGGCAGUGGACCCUCAGGCCUUGAUGGCCACCAGUGACCUUCCUCAAAGUUUGGAUACCUCACUCUUCUUUGGAACGACAGCAGCAGGUUUUCAGCAGGGUCCCUUAGAUAUGGAUGAUGUCUCAAGUCUAAGUGCGGGGCCGUUGGCAUCUCUGAGCUCUUUGGCUGUGAAAAACUCGAGUCAAGAGCCCCAGGCUUUGAUCCCUAGCAGUAAGCUAACAGUAGACACAGAUGCUCUGACUCCUUCAAGCACCCUUUGUGAAAACAGUGUCUCAGAACUACUGCCACCAACCAAAACGGAAUGGAAUGUACAUCCUGACUCUGACUUCUUUGCACAGGAGGAAGAAACCCAGUUUGGAUUCUCCAACCCAGCAGGAAACCAUGGGUCUCAGAAAGAAACAGAUCUUAUCACAGUGACUGGCAGCUCAUUUUUGGUAUGAACUAAAUUCUGUUCAUUCCUGCCACAUGGCUUACUUUUAUUGAUGACACCAGUUUUGGGAAUAUUCUGGACUGAAUGCUUAAAUACAGUCAUUUCUUAUAGGUCUGAAGGAAAACAGAGCCCUGGGCUGCAAGUUUGGAGAUUUACAUCCUGAUCUUGAGUCUGGAACUUGCGGGUUGUGUGACCUUGAACAAGUCACUUAUCCUAUCUGAGCCUUAAUUUCCUUAUUUAUGAGAUGAAGUGGUUUGAAUAGAUUGUUCAUGUGGUCAUUUUAGCUCUAUUUUCUUGAGUUUGUGCUCUUGAAAAUUUUAGGACCUUUUACAAUGAUUAACAAUUGCAUAUGCUGCUAAUGUAAAGAAAAGUGCACUGAGAGUUAAUGAUCUGAAUACAUAGAACUGGUGUUUAACUUUAAAAUUGUAGUGGAAACUUCUUGCAGUGCCAAAAUCUCUAAAAUCUAGUGGUAGUGCUUAAAAAAGAAAGCUGAAAGUCUGGGUUAGCUCUUUUUACAUUUUUAUCUUUCUAGCCUCUUUUUUUUUUUUUUUGAUGGAAGGCUGUGUUGGCGAAAGUGCCAAGUGUUUGAUAUGACUCAGAGUCAGAAAUAUUGACUUUGUGGUGUUGAAAAAGUGGCCUUAAAUAAGUCAUUUUCUCUUACUAACCCUAUUUCCCUAGGUGUCAUGACUUCAUUGUAAUUUACACAUACCUGAUGCAUUGUAGUCUUCCUUUUCUAUCCUAUUAGUUAGGUUUGGAGGGAAAAUGUUUUGUACUUUGGCAUGCUUUAGUGAAAUAUUAUGACCUUUUCUGCCCUCUCAUUCCCUUCUUCAAAGAGAAACAAUUUGCAUAAUUUAACAUCAUGCUUGUGCAGGCAAUAAUGCUUGAUGCAGGUUAACAAACAGAAAAGGGAAUCUCUGUCUCCUACAGAUUAAGGAAUUUUUACCACACAGUUCUGUGACUUUGCCAACCUGUUCAUUAGACCAGGACAGUGUCUUUGCUCUGCCUUCAAAGCUGUCUUGUAGAGUGAUGGGAAAGCCUGUGGUGCCAAGAAAAUCUGGAAAUGGACCAGAGUAAGAUUUUCUUCCCUCUGUGCUCCAGAGAGUUCAUUGUUUGCCUUCUUCCAGAGUUGGAAUGAGAGAUUUACUUUGCAUUUUGAGUAAAUAUUAUCUGUCUUAUCUGAACAUAGAAUUUUAUAGUUUAUGUAGCACUUUCACAACUGUUAUAUUUGAUUCUCACAAUAUUUUGAGAUAAUUGUGGUAAAGUUGCAACUAUAAGUCAUAUUAAUAUUUACUUAACUCAUGUCUGUGUUUGUGUGUGUGUGUGCAUGUGUGUGUAUGUAUGUAUGCACAUCAACUUUCAUUCUACUCUUCAGAGUUUCAUGGUAACUUUUGUUUAUAACCACUUGUUCUGUUCCAUCGUAAUUGAUGUCUGUUAUCUUCUGCCAGCUCUACUCCCUUUCUAUUCUCUCAUAUGUGCAUUACAUUCCUUGCCAUGAUCUCUGUUUUUUUGAAUUAGGUAAGUUUUUUUCAUGGUCACCAUCUCUUAACCAUUCAGGACAUGGCCCAUUUUUCAGUCCCAGUAUUUACUGCAAGUCUGAAUUAAGAAAUUAUUUUCUGGAAUUAGAGGUCAGAGUGUUUGUAUAUGAAUCAAAUAAUAAUGGGCAUAUUUUAUGUAAGGUUUUAGUGAGACAUGUAGUUUUUUAUUUUUCUAAUUUUUUACUAUGUAAUUCUGCUAGCAAACACUAUUGCUCUGAAGCAUUCUAAUCCAGUACUGUUUGUAUGUAUGUUUGUCGAUAACAAUUAUUGUAGCACUUUGGCAGUGCACUUUAUAAUUUGCCAUCUUGAAAUGCAUCUGUGCUGUCUAAUUUUUAAAUUGGUUGUACUCAUUCAGUGAAAAAGCAAAAAGUAUACAUCAAUUUGUAAUCCAAAGAAAUGGUCAGAGUGUAAUUGUUUUUAACCGUUUAACAGUUCUCCCUCAGCACUUUCAAAAAAUUUAAGCCCAUUUUAGAAAUGUGUUGUCAUCACUUAAGUCCAAGAGGAAGGUCUUAAGCAUCUGUUAAUAUAUAUAACCAUAAAGAUAUUUUAAAAUCCUGUCAUUUUGUUUCUUUUAUCCCUCAUUAAAAAUGAUCUUAAAAUAUGCUUUUGUUAUAUUCUGUUGCAUUGUCAAAGGACAGGCUCUAUUUUUCUUGAAGAUAAAAAUCUUGUAUUUAUGGGCCUACAUGGUUUCUUUCAGUCAAUUUGUUGAAAAGAUUUCUCAAUCAAUACCUUUUUUCCAAACUGAUGGUGAAAAUAGCAUGAAACUACAGUCAGAAGUACCACUACAAGCAUAAUGGUUAUAUUUUUGUUAGUGUUGGCAUAAAUUUGCCAUUCAGAAGAAAACAGUGGGGUAUGAUUUAAUAUUAUCUCAUUUGUUUUUUGUGCUUUUUCAGUCUUUGAUUUAUUAAAAUUUUGCCAAUUGAAAUCCUGGCAGGGUGAUCACCAUGAGUUGAAAUACUUUUAUCUUGACAUUUUUACCUUGAUCUCACUAUAAUAUUACAUAAUUGAAAGGCUUGAGUAAUAGAAGUGAAACUUGAUAGAAUAUAAGGGUCAUUUUUCUCUGGAUCAAAUACUUCAUAUUCCUAUCCAGGAAAAAUAGAAGGGUAUUUAUGACUAUUCCUUGGUUCCAGAUAAAGCAUUGAUUAAUUCCCUGUUUGUGAAUAUCCAUAAUCCCUUUGUAAUUACUGAUAUCAAACAGAUCCACUUGAUGAUUUGUUAAUAAAACCUAAUUUGGUUGCAGCUAACUCAAACUAUUGAUAACAGUGAUGAUUGAAAUAUAAGACUGAGCUGAAAUUUAUGUAAUUCAUGGUUCUGAACUAAAGAUUUGCUUAACAAUUUUUUAGAAAGUUAAAUAUGUUAUGAAUAUUUAGAAAACAGGUUAUCAAGCACUUUGGCAGAACACAACUAUAUAUUAAAAGCAAAACACUUAUUACAAAUGAAUUUUUUAUAUUUUUCCAAUCUAAGUUGAUUUGGUAACAUUAUAAGCUUAUUGUAUAUUUCAUGCUAAUUUAUUGCCUAUAUACAAAAUACAGGAUAGAAAAGUACUAGAGAUUCAGAUAAGAGGAAUAAAAUGUGAGCUAUUUCUUAAUUUUGGAGAGGAAAUGCAAAUUUACAUUAAAUAUUUCACAUCAAAUCAAUAUCAGCAAGUGUGUUUUCAGACAUUAAAUUAAUGGCUUGGAGGAAAGGAGGAGCAAUAGCUAUGCUUUAAUGUAUGGUUAGAUUUAAUUACAUAGAUAAGAAAAUAGAUAAAUUCCAGUCAGGAAAAAAAAGCACAAGAAAAGAAUUUGAAAUGCGAUUGGCCACAAAACACUUGGAAAGACAACUAGCUCAAAUGCAGGAUGCAUGUUUGAUAAGUGGUAGGUCUUAGGAUUAGACUGCAAAUAUGGAACCAAUCUCUGAAGAACUAUGGAAACGAGUCACACUGGAUAGGACUUAUUCUGGAUAUGUUUAAGAGUCAGUGAAAAUAUUAAUAUUUAAGAAAAGAAGUUAAAUGAUGAAUAUAUAGAAAGUUUAAUAUACUAGACAUGUACAAUGUGAAUUUGGUUAGGGGAAAUAGGAAAAUCAUUUAGGACGUUACUGUAAUAAUUUCAGGGUUCUGUGAUGAAGGCUUGGAUUGGGGUUGUGGCAGAAAAGGACAGAUUGGAGAUGUUUCUAAAUUGGAGAGACAUAUUACUUGGUGACUCACUGAAUAUAUGAGACAUCUAUGAGAGAACAGAAGAUCAGAAAUGAUGCUUUAAGGAUUUUUUUUGAAAACUAAAACUUACAUUUCAUUAACAUGAACAAAACGUUGGGUAUUGACUGUUUCCAGAAAUAUAUACUGAAAGAAAAUUAAUUUAGGGCAUGUUUAAUUCAUUGAGAAGUGAAGAAUCAGUUAAACCCUGAAUGAACUAUACAUAUUGUGAGUUAUACACACUAUUAGAGAGGGGCUAUUUCAUAUCUCUUGGCUCCUUCAUAUAGUCUCAGAUUUAUAUUCAAUGUCUGUACAUUGGUUUGCCUUUGAGUAUUAAUAUCUGCAGUCAUCUUCAACUUCAUAUAACACCCUCCCACAAUCCUCUGCAUCAAAAUGUGCUAUGUUACCUUGUCUGACAAUUUUUUCUUACAAGUCUCUUCCCUACAAUGGAUAUUCAACAGAUGUUUUAUGUAGUACUUAGUAAUAUAAUAAAUCACUU